AUUAUAUAAAACGUGCUAAGAUAAGCAUGCGUCCCCUGUCAAUUAAACGCGUCAGUACAUAUAACCUCUCGCGUCCCAUAACAUUCUCGCUUGUGUUUUCGUACAAUUUUCAUUCUUCCUUUUGUUACUCGCAUCUGUUUAAUUUCCUUCUUAAUCAUUCAUGAUACCUAGCCUUGAUUUUAAUUCGGUUUUAACUAUUUACGUUUCGUUUGUAAGUACACGCUUCUCUGCUUCUCGAGCUGACUAAAAGAAAGGGUGAGCUCAGAAAGGAUCGAACCGAGAGAAGGCAGGUGUGUACCGACAGAGCCAUCCCAAGAGGGAAUGCGCAAAAAUAUUCAAACAUUUACAGCAGACAAACGUGGAACGCUGCAACGGUGGUAUUAAGUGUGCAGUGAUCACGGGUGACCGAGGGAAGACGAGAAAGAGGGUGGUCAAUAUGACUCCUAUCUUCCUCGUUCUGUUGGUGGCUAUCGACCCGAUUAUCGCGCAGAAUGGUGGUCCGCCGACGAUUCUGGUGAGGCCACAGUCGCAGCAGGUGAAGGCAGGCGGAAUAGCGAGUUUCUACUGCACCGCAGAGGGAGCACCACCGCCUCAGAUCCACUGGAGGAAAAACGGAAAGAGAGUUUCUCCGUCGCAGUCACGGUACCUGGUGCACAACUAUGAAAACGGAGCUUUACUACGGAUCGAACCUGUCAGGUCGACCCGCGACAGCACCCUGUACGAGUGUGUGGCCGAGAAUGGAGUCGGAGACGCGGUGUCAGCCGAGGCUCAGCUCAAAGUCUACGAAGCCGAGAAACUGCCGGACGGUUUCCCGUUGAUCUCUCAAGCACCGACGACCAAGGUGGUGGAGAUGGGACACAACGCGGUGCUGCUUUGCACGGCCGUUGGUUCACCGCCUCCGAUCAUAUCCUGGGUACGAGACAUGCUGCCGAUCGACACGACCAAUCCACGGUACACCGUUUUGGACAGCGGAGCGUUGCAAAUCACCGGAUCCGACGUGAACGAUCAAGGGAAGUACGAAUGCGUGGCGAAUAAUUCUGUGGGAACAGAGUACUCAAAGUCGGCUAUGUUAUACGUAAAAGUUCGUCGUGUCCCUCCUAGUUUCUCGAUUCCUCCGCACCCGAUAAACGAAGUGAUGUUAGGCGCCUCUUUGAAUUUAACCUGCGUGGCCGUCGGCGCCCCGAUGCCGUUCGUCAAAUGGAGGAAAGAUCCGGCGACCGAUCUGACGCCGGACGACAAUCUGCCCGUUGGCAAAAACGUCCUGAUGUUGACGGACAUCCAGGAAUCGGCCAACUACACUUGCACGGCAGCCAGCGACCUCGGAGUGAUAGAGGCCACGUCGAUGGUGAAAGUUCAAUCUCUUCCGAGUGCACCGGAAAACGUCCAAGUGUCCGACAUCACCGCCACCUCGGUGAAGCUCACGUGGUCGUACAAGGGUUCCGACGAGCUUCAGUACUACGUGAUCCAACACAAGCCGAAGCACGUGGAUCAAGCUUACGCCGAAAUAUCGGGCAUCACCACGAUGUACUAUCAUGUCCGGAGUCUAAGUCCGUACACCGAAUACGAGCUCUACGUGAUAGCAGUUAACUCCAUUGGGCGUGGUCCCCCGAGUGCCCCGGUGACCGUCACCACUGGCGAGACGACGGAAUCGACAAAUGGAGGUGCCAAACCUGGUACUGCACCGCGGAAGGUCCAAGCCCGGCCACUGAGUUCCAGCACGAUGGUUAUACAGUGGGACGAGCCAGAAACUCCGAAUGGACAAGUGACGGGCUACAAAGUGUAUUACACGACCGAUUCUAAUCAACAAAUGGCCUCCUGGCAGUACCAGAUGGUUGACAAUAGUCAGCUGACGACCAUCUCGGAUUUAACGCCGCACACGAUCUACACGAUCCGAGUUCAAGCACUGACCAGCGUCGGUCCAGGUCCGCUCAGUCUGCCGGUGCAGAUAAAGACGCAGCAAGGGGUACCGAGUCAACCGGAAAUGUUGACCGCUGUUGACGUCGGAGAGACCAAAGUAACGCUCCAAUGGAACAAACCCGCUCAUAGCGCGGAGAACAUCCUCAGCUAUGAGCUGUAUUGGAACGAUACGUACGCGCAGGAAAAGCAUCACAGAAGGAUACCCGUGACCGAGAACUACACCCUGACCGGUCUCUACCCGAACACCCUGUACUACGUGUGGCUUGCAGCGAGGAGCCAAAGGGGGGAAGGAGCCACCACGAUACCGCAUCCGGUUCGCACGAAACAGUACGUACCCGGGGCUCCGCCUCGCAAUGUAAGCGGACAAGCGAUCAGCCCAACCUCCAUAUUGGUAACGUGGGAACCUCCGCCUGCCGAUCGAUCGAACGGAAGGAUCGCGUACUACAAGCUGCAAGUGGUCGAGAGCGGACGUUCCGACUCGGAGGCGAAGAUUAUCAAACUGAACGGCACUCGUUUCGUAUUGGACGAAUUGAAAAAAUGGACCGAGUAUCGGAUCUGGGUAUCGGCCGGGACCAGCGUAGGUGACGGACCUCCGAGUUAUCCUAUCUCGGUCAGAACUCACGAGGACGUUCCGGGAGAUCCUCAAGACGUGAAAGCUACGCCGAUCAAUUCGACCGCGAUACACGUCGAAUGGAAACCACCGAAAUCGAAGGAACAAAACGGCGUGAUAAGAGGUUAUCAUAUACACGUUCAGGAAGUGAGGGAAGAGGGAAAGGAUUUGUUGAACGAGCCGAUACGACGCGACGUUCAGGAAGACGGCGUGCUGGAAGUGAACAUUACCGGUCUGCAACCGGACACGCGAUACUCGGUGCAGGUCGCUGCGCUCACGAGAAAAGGGGAUGGCGAUCGUUCGACCCCGGUUCACGUUCGAACCCCCGGUGGUGUACCAAAUCGGCCUCAAGUUAACGUUAAAGUUUUGUCCAGAGACCCCGUCGUGUUGGAGCUCGAGUGGGCGCAACCUACGCAAACCUACGGUAAUCUGUUAGGUUACAGAAUCAGGUACGGAAUUAAGAAUCAGACGUUGAAAGAGGAAUUCAUCCAAGACACUAGUCAGCACACCUACAAGAUCAAGGAUCUGGAGGAGAGAGGCGUGGAUUACGAGUUUAGGGUUGCUGGACAGAACGCGAUCGGUUUCGGUCAAGAGACGGUACGAUAUUGGUUCAGUCCCGAAGGAGAACCGACCGGUCCUCCGACGAAUCUCUCCUAUUUCUUCCAAACUCCCGAUACCGUGUGCGUGACAUGGGACAGGCCUCUGCGACAGCACAGAAACGGUCAGAUAAUCGGUUACGACGUCCAGUUUAAUAAGAAGAACGAUCAUUCGACGACCAUCGACAGAAACACGACAAAGACCAGGGCGGUUUUCACGAAUUUAGAAGAGAACACGGAGUACGUGUUCCACGUAAGGGCGUACACCUCGAGAGGCAGCGGUCCCUAUUCGGAGAAGAUCACGAUAAUAACGGAGAAAGAUAUCGGUCGGGCUCCGUUGUCCGUGAAAGCGGUUGCCACGUCGGACACGAGCGUGGAAGUUUGGUGGGAACCGGUGCCAAAUCGCGGCAAGAUCGUCGGCUAUCAAAUCUUCUACACGACCACCGCGGUCGAGGAUCUGGACGAAUGGAAACAGAAAACCGUCGGGCUGACCGAGUCCGCGGAUUUGGUUAACUUGGAAAAGUUUACUCAGUACGCGAUCACGGUGGCCGCCAGAUACAAGAGCGGUCUGGGUAGACUCAGCGAGAAGGUGACGGUCAAAGUAAAGCCGGAAGACGUGCCGUUGAAUCUGAGAGCACCAGACUCCUCCACCCAUUCCAUGACACUUUCCUGGACACCGCCUAUCAGGCUGAACCCGAUGAACUACAAAGUGUCGUUCGACGCGGUGAAGGAGUUCGUCGACUCGCAGGGUAUCACGCAAACCCAGAUCGUGUCACGUAGACAGUUGCUGUUGGAUCCGUCCGUGACGACCAAGACGAUAAACGAGCUGCAGCCGUUCACCACGUACAACGUGAACGUGAGCGCGGUACCUCGGGAUGGUCAGUACCGACCACCGGCGAAAAUCACUGUCACCACGCAAAUGGCAGCGCCGAAGCCGAUGGUCAAGCCAGAUUUUUACGGGGUGGUGAACGGCGAAGAGAUUCAGGUGAUUCUACCGCAAGCCUCCGAGGAAUACGGACCGAUCUCCCAUUACUAUUUGAUCGUGGUGCCCGAAGACAAGUCGACGGCUGACAAGCAACCGGACGAGUUAACCGAGGACAUGAUCGCGGGCAAAGGUACCAAGCAAGAAAGGGACAACGCGCCUUAUAUCGCCGCGAAAUUUCCUCACAGAGAUAUUCCGUACACGUUCCACCUGGGCAGCGGUGAUAUCUACGAGGGUUACGAGAACAGGAAGCUCGAGAAGAACAAACGGUACAGGAUAUUUGUUCGUGCCGUGGUGGACACGCCGAGGAAGCAUCUGUACACGUCGUCGCCCUUCUCCGAGUACUUGUCGCUCGACAUGCGGGAAGUACCACCUGGCGAACCACCUCGCCGUCCUAAUCCCAACACUCCGGUCGAUGGAAAUCCAGAGGUAUCGGUUAAAACCAGCGGUCAAGAGCCUGGGAUGGUUUGGGUAGUUGGCCCGAUAAUAGCCGCGCUGAUGGUCAGUGUGUUCCUUGUACUUCUGUUCGUCAUUAAAAAGCGAAGACAACCGUGCAAAGCACCGGAUCAAGCGGCUGUAACUCGUCCGUUGAUGGCCGCGGACAUCAGCUCGAAUCACGCACCAUCCGAUCCGGUCGAGAUGCGCCGUCUGAAUUUCCAAACGCCCGGCAUGGCAUCUCAUCCACCUAUUCCUAUUAGCGAGCUAGGAAAUCACAUCGAGCGUCUGAAAGCGAACGACAAUCUAAAAUUCAGUCAGGAGUACGAAUCGAUCGAGCCGGGGCAACAAUUCACUUGGGACCACUCGAACAUGGAAGUAAACGCGUCGAAGAAUCGUUACGCGAACGUGAUCGCCUACGAUCAUUCCAGGGUGAUCUUGCAAACGAUCGACGGCAUAUCGGGGACGGAUUACAUAAACGCCAACUACUGCGACGGUUACAGGAAACAGAACGCGUACGUAGCCACUCAAGGACCGCUGCAAGAAACGUUCGGUGAUUUUUGGCGGAUGUGUUGGGAACUUAGAUCGAGCACGAUUGUUAUGAUGACGAAACUAGAGGAACGGACGAGGAUCAAGUGCGACCAGUAUUGGCCGAGCAGAGGUUCCGAGACGUACGGUUUGAUGACGAUCGCGAUUACCGACAUUCAAGAAUUGGCUACCUAUUGCAUUCGAACUUUCCAAAUAUCUCGAGCCGGUUACUCGGAGAGACGCGAGAUAAAGCAGCUACAGUUCACAGCCUGGCCGGAUCACGGCGUUCCCGAGCAUCCAGCCCCGUUCUUGCAGUUCCUACGUAGAGUCAGAUCGUUGAAUCCACCCGAGAGCGGGCCGCUGAUCGUCCACUGUAGCGCCGGUGUCGGGCGGACCGGUUGCUUCAUCGUCAUCGAUUCGAUGCUCGAACGGAUAAAACACGAGAAAAUGAUCGACAUAUACGGCCACGUGACUUGCCUUCGCGCCCAAAGGAACUACAUGGUACAAACCGAGGAUCAGUACAUAUUCAUUCACGACGCUCUUUACGAGGCGGUGAUCUGCGGUAACACGGAAGUGCCUGCGAGAAAUUUACACUCCCACAUCCAGAAGCUGAUGCAGCCCGAGCUCGACAAUAUAACCGGUAUGGAGCUGGAGUUUAAGAAACUGUCCAACAUCAAGGUGGACUCGUCGCGAUUUAUAUCGGCGAAUCUGCCUUGCAACAAGCAUAAAAAUCGACUGGUCCAUAUCUUGCCGUACGAGUGCACCAGAGUAUGCUUGCAACCUCAACGAAACAUCGAAGGAUCGGAUUACAUUAACGCGAGUCUGAUCGAUGGUUACCGGUAUCGGGGUGCCUACAUCGCCACCCAGGGUCCUCUCUGCGACACCACCGACGACUUCUGGCGUAUGCUCUGGGAGCACAACUCAACGAUCGUGGUUAUGUUGACGAAACUGAAGGAAAUGGGGAGAGAGAAGUGUCAUCAGUAUUGGCCGUCCGACAGGUCGAUUCGGUAUCAGUGUUUCGUGGUAGAUCCGAUCGCGGAGUACAACAUGCCUCAGUACAUCCUGCGGGAGUUCAAAGUGACGGAUGCUAGGGACGGAGCGAGCCGCACGGUCAGGCAGUUCCAGUUCAUCGAUUGGCCGGAACAGGGUGUCCCGAAAUCCGGCGACGGUUUCAUCGAUUUUAUCGGACAGGUGCACAAAACGAAGGAACAGUUCGGUCAGGACGGUCCUAUAACCGUGCACUGUAGCGCAGGCGUUGGUAGGACGGGUGUCUUCAUCACGCUGAGCAUCGUUUUGGAACGCAUGCAGUACGAAGGGGUGGUCGACAUCUUCCAAACUGUCAGAAUAUUGCGAACGCAACGUCCAGCCAUGGUUCAGACCGAGGACCAGUAUCAGUUCUGCUAUCGUGCCAGUUUGGAAUACUUGGGUUCUUUCGAUCAUUACGCCAACUGACAACCCGACACUCACGAGGACAGAGACUCGACCAGGGACAGAAGAGAUCGACAGAGAAACGAGAGAGACGUCGGGGAACGUGCUAAAGUGCGACGCGUCUAGUACGACGCUAAAAUCGUGUAAGUUUGUAAGUAUGUAGUCUACAUCAUGAUUCCGGGAAUAACGCGUACCAUUCGUAGCCAUACCUUUCCGAGGAGAAAGGUACAGUAGAAAGGCGAUUACCGUGUAGUUAGCCAAGUGUAUCUUUAGUCGGUGGUGUCGCAGCAGUCAAAAGAUAUACGAAAACCUUUCGUAUUCGACGGCGGAUCGUAUCGCGUACGCGUUCCACUCGAUUAUAUCCAAUAAAAGAAAAAAAAGAACUUACCCCGAAUGAACGAACCGGGACAAGACUGCCGUUUAGAACCGUUUACGGCUCAGAAUCGUAGAAACAAUCAUAUCUCUGUAGAAAUAUUCUUUAUCGAAACUUCUUUUACGGUUUAAAACAAGGAAUAACAAUAGAAAAAAAAAAAUAAUGAAAACUUACAAAAAACGAGAGAAGAAAAAAAAACAGGGAAUCGCAACUUGGACGUUUUCCAACAACUGAGUUAAUCGAAUAGGAUCGAACGGGAGAUUCGAUCUACGAUUCGAAAGGGAUCAUAGUCGAACGUUCGAUCACCGAAACAUAUCCAACUCGAUCGUUCGAAAACUCGAAAAUCGUUGUUGCUUACAGUUAGAUAAUUUAAACGUAAGGGAACGAGUGAAGAGUAUCAUCGUUUCGAUCGUGUGUGCCUCGCGUUAUUUCUUGCGGCACAAAGAUACGUGAAACAAAACAAAAUAAGUUCAAACAAAUGUUCUCCUAUUCGUCGAAGAAAAGUGCUUCCAUGUCUGUGGUAAAGCUGUAACGUCUGAGAACGAGUUAGAAACACCGAUCGAGCACGCGUUCGAAAAGUACUUACGUCGUGGUUACGACUAAGAAUAUCGAGGACAGAAGAGUUGCGAGAGUCUCGGUAAUAAAAGUCGAGAAUGCAGCAGAGAUGCUUAAAGGACGAUCGUAAAAAACUGAUCAAUCCUUUUAACCGAACGGAAAAUAUAAAUUCCAUUUUCGAAAGUUUUCAUUUUUAUCCGAUUUCAGGAAAUAGAGAAUGAACAGUAUCAGAUUGAUGUUCGUUAGAACGUAUAGAAGAUUCGUUUUGAUCAUUUUUAACCUUCGUCCUUUUCGCUGAGCGACAAGAAAAUUACCAUACUGCCAAAUCGACAAUUAUUCAUGAUGAACCCAUUACGCACGAUAGGAAUCUUCUCAUUACCUACUGUAAUUUUAAGUAGAUCGUAAGCGAUUGUUGUAAGGAUUAGAGUGUCUAAGCGAUGCCAUUAGAGGAGAAGAAGAAACUGGAUCGAAUGAAAGAAGAAUGAAAGGAAACGGUGCCUAUACUCGAUUAAAACGCACGAAAGGGUUGCGCAGGUUUCUAUGAGAAUUAAUUUAACUAGAAGCACUGUAUGUUGGAUUCGCGUACUGUUCCCCCGAGCCCUGGAUACCCUCGUGUACAAAGUUCCAUCGCAGGCUUCUACCUCGACUACUUUUACGAUUUUCCCAGAUGUCUCAGCUAACAGUUUGCCACUAACUUGGAUCAUUCCUGGCUCGGUUUAUGUCCUCAGACUGAGUUGCCUCAAUGUUCGAGGCGCCUUACGCUUCUUCUUAGUACAAUUUAUCGAAAAAAUCAAUCGGAGAAUCUCGAGUCUAUGGAAUUCACGAAACUUCUAAUCGAUACCUGUUCCUCCGAUAAUGGAAACGUCGAAUCAAUGGGAAAAAAAGAAGAAGAAAAGUAAACGUGUUUCGAUCGAUCGGCGUAUCCUUUUUGAUAACUUUCGACGCGUACGUCACUUGCGAUUCAGAGUUACCAAGUUCGUAGUCUAUUCAGGACAAUAAGCUCGUAUGCUCGUUUAUACAUAUACGUCUUCUCCAUUUCGAAAUGUCCACCGUUCAAUACGACAGAGCAUCAAAUUCUACCGCUGAACUAUGCAAGUGUAAUCUACGAUAACGAACGCGUUCGCUUACGAGAGAAGCAACCCUUUCGCUUUUCUUCUUUUUGACAUUGUUUCGACUUGGAUCGUCCGUGCUUGUUUUAAACGUUCGAAAAGAGAUCAGUAUUAUUAUUCGUCUAGAUUCGAUCUUGAAAUUCCAAAGCAAGCUAUUCAACGCUUCUUUCGGUUGAAAGUGGUUCGAGGGUCAGGAAUUGUGACUAAAACUGUACAUAAAUGCACCGUCUGUCAUAAACCAACAUUACAUAGAUAUAAAUAUGAAUAUGAAUAUAAAUAUACAUAAACAAAAUGAUAUAUAUAUAAAUAUUAUAAAUAUUACAAAUGAAGAGAGUACGCAUUUAAAGAGAAAAGAGAAAACAAAGCUGUGGAUAUUUUCCAGACUGUCAAGAUCGAUAUACAUAUUUCUUUUUUUCCUCUCUCGAAAAAGCAGGGUGUUAUGUAUUUGUAAGGUUUCCUUUUGAUGUUUUUCGUGGAUUUUUUUUUUUUUUGUUUUUUUUUUCCUUUUCGUCGACGCAUCUUUUGAUACUGUUUUUUAACAUCGUUGUACAUUGUUCUUUUGACUUUUUUCACGCAAAUUUUUCUUGCGUACCUAUUUUUUUACACGAGAUUUACAUCGAAUACUAUGUGAAUACUAUGUUAGUUCAGGAACAUGCAUUUAUUCGUAUCUCGUAUCUCGGUUUAUUUCAUGUUGUAAGACUGAAGGCCAUUGCGUCUAAUGUACUCCCGGUGCGUGUAUCUUCGGUACUUGUCAAAGUACUUAAAUGGCUCGGUCGUCGUUGUUACGAAAAAUAGACUACUUAAUCUUUGUAUCUCUACAUUGUCUGUUCAAACGUUGCAGUACUAGUUUCCUUUGAUACGUAGCGUUUUCUCACUUGUAAAUACGUUUACGAGAUCAUCUUCGAAACGUUCUUCGAAGUCAAAUUGGCCUUUGGUACGAACACGAAACGAUUACUUCAUUCGUCGCGUUUACUUUUCAUACUGGCAUCUCCAGUUAGGUACAACACGUUUAGUUUGUCUCUUAACUUAUCUUUCGCGAUAUCGUACUUCUGUCGUGGAACAUAAAUUCCAACGCUGUUACUCUGGCAAUGAAGAGACACUAAUUAUUUUUUUCUUUUUUGUUAUAUCAAACGCAGCGAUCGCGAGAUCAAUUUUAAACAGUUUCUUCAACGAGAAUCAGUUACUACUGAAAAGUACAAUCGGUAUGUAUAGAAGCUUAACGAAAGUCGACUCGUUCUACUGGAUACGAAACUUUGUUACGUUUGCUACAAACUUUUCUUAAAUAGGCUUGCAAUUCAAGGUACAUCAGUGAAUAGGUUUCCUCGAACGAUAACGAAAAAUCGAUGUCGUUCGCUGUUAAUGCUUGUUACGGAAAAACAAUCCCCUCCGAUAUCGUGUAAAAAAAAGAGAAUCCAGUUUCGAAAGUUUUUCCGUUCAAAGACGACCCGAUGUGCAAAAUUCGAACAGUAUUCGUAACAAAGAAACGGGAUAAAUUGUAAAAAUCAUGGCACAAUAAUUUUUGAAAUGUUCAAAAUUACUCUAUCGUUCAAUUUUUAAGCGAUAUACUUUAUAAGGUUCGACAAAAAAAAAAUAUAUAUAUAUAUACAUACGUGCAUACAUACAUAACAUAUAAAAAUGCUGCACAAAGUGCAGUUUUGCCAAUACGGUCGACAACUUCGCUUCAAAGUUCCAGACUAAAAAUACAAUAUUAUGGAAAAAUGAAAAGUUAAAUGAUUGUAUAAAACAUAUUACUAGUUGUAUAAGUUGGUAGCUUAAUUAAAUUGUAUUCGAUGAAUUUACCAAUACAAAAAAAGUCCACGAUAUUCAUAUAUUUAUAAGGUACCGAUCGUAACGUUAUUACGUUUAUUUAUAUCAUUCCAAAACUUUUGUGUACGUUGUACUUUAGCUGCGUGUCUAUUGUUAGUGUUACAAUUUUUUUACAUCCCAAAAUGUAUAGCAAUAUAUGUGGUUUGUUGUAUUCUUCUUCUUGAAAAGCAUACAACUCGCGUAUUCGGAGCAGUAUCUAACAUUAACAAUGCAUAAUCGGCCAUUAAACGCUCCGUGCAAUACCACGACGAGUUUGUUACCCUAUUGUAAGAUCGUUUCGAGUUGUUCCACUCGACUUAAGACUGCGACCAGUUGCAGUCGUUAAUCCUCAGAAAAAUGUGAAUUAAAGACACAAAGAAUAAGUCAAAUACUAAAUAAUCGUUGAAAGAAUGGGAAAUUAUUUUGUGAUACUUUCUUGCCAGAAAGAAUACAACAGGCUGAAGUGAAUAUAAUAAAUGCAAUGUUACUAAUUAACACCUAUACAAAUUAAAUAUUGUGUAAUAGGAAGUCUGUUGACGAGGAGAAAUAAUGUGUACAUUAUGUAUUGCCAUGUGGCAUUAAUAAACUAAUAACUAACGUAA